AGACACACGAUCCACAUUUCCAGGGGGGACCGACAACAGUCGUCUCCAACAUUUUCGGCAGAGCUCGACCGACAAAACAAGUGACGCAGGUCUCGCCUCGCUCCCCGGGAUUGACGCUCAAGUUAUCACCGAGACUUGCUGUGAUCGCCGUUCCUCCCGGACGCCAGUUUUUCAGAUAUAGCUGAGAGGAUAUAAGUUAUUUACAGCAGCAGAUCCGGAGAUCCUGGAAGAUGGGUCCAUUCCCAGCGCUAUCCGUCCUCGUCCUGGGCAUUGUGGUACCAGCCUUGGCUGGUUACAUUGAGGCUCUAGCUGCCAACGCAGGCACAGGGUUUGCCGUGGCCGAACCACAGGUGGCCAUGUUCUGUGGAAAGCUCAACAUGCACGUCAACAUUCAGACCGGCCGCUGGGAGCCCGACCCCUCUGGAACCAAGAGCUGCGUAGGAACCAAAGAGGGCGUGCUGCAGUACUGCCAGGAGAUGUACCCCGAGCUGCAGAUCACCAACGUGGUUGAAACCAAUCAGCCCAUUCGAAUCGAGAACUGGUGCAGGAGGGAGAAGAAGGUGUGCAAAGGCCACGCCCACAUCGUGGUGCCUUACAAAUGUCUAGUGGGCGAGUUUGUGAGCGACGUCCUCCUGGUCCCAGAGAAGUGCAAGUUCUUCCACAAGGAGCGCAUGGACAUGUGCGUCAGCCAUCAGCAGUGGCACGGUGUGGUCAAAGAGGCUUGUUCCAAGAGCUCCAUGGUGCUGCACAGCUACGGGAUGCUGCUGCCCUGCGGCAUCGACAAGUUCCACGGCACGGAGUACGUGUGCUGCCCCUCCUCUCGGUCCGCCGAGUCCGCCCCGCCUUCCCUCCCCUCCCAGGAGGACGAGGACGAGGACGAUGAAGAGGAGCAGAUAGAGGAUGAGGAGAUCGACCUGGGAGAGGACGAGGCUCUGGAGGACAGCGAGGCCCCGGCCGACGAGCAGCCCACGGUGAAGGAGGAGCCCCUGGAUGCGGACGAAGACGAGGAAGAGGAAGAUGAGGAGGAAUACCACUACGUCUACGAGGAUGAGGAGGCAGACAGAGAGGACGAGGACGAGAGGAAAGAGAGCAGCAAGAUGUCUGACAACGAGGAUGAGGAGAAGAUCUUAGAGGAAGUUAAAGCGGUGUGCACCCUGGAGGCCGAGACGGGCCCCUGCCGCGCCUCCAUGCCGCGCUGGCACUUCGACAUUAGCCAGAGGAAGUGCGUGCGCUUCAUAUACGGAGGCUGCGCCGGCAACCGCAACAAUUUCGACUCAGAGGAGUACUGCAUGGCCGUGUGCAAACGCCUGACUCAGCCUCCGACUCCUCAGCCCACCGACGACGUGGACAUCUACUUUGAGACGCCUGCUGACGACAAGGAGCACAGCCGCUUCCAGAGGGCCAAGGAGCAGCUGGAGAUCAGGCACCGCAACCGCAUGGAGAGGGUACGAAAAGAGUGGGAAGAGGCCGAUCGUCAGGCUAAGAACCUGCCCAAGGCUGAGAGGCAAACACUGAUUCAGCACUUCCAAGCCAUGGUGGAGUCCCUGGAGGAGGAGGCAGCCAGCGAGAAGCAGCAGCUGGUGGAGACUCACCUGGCCCGGGUGGAGGCCAUGCUCAACGACCGGCGCCGUCUGGCCCUGGAGAACUACCUGGCUGCCCUGCAGGCCGACCCCCCGAGGCCCCACCGCAUCCUGCAAGCCCUGAGGAGGUACGUCCGCGCCGAGAACAAGGACCGCCAGCACACCAUCCGCCACUACCAGCACGUUCUGGCCGUGGAUCCCGAAAAGGCCGCUCAGAUGAAGUCACAGGUGAUGACCCAUCUGCGGGUGAUUGAGGAGAGGAUGAACCAGAGUCUGUCUCUGCUCUACAAAGUACCGUACGUGGCUGAAGAGAUUCAGGAUGAAAUAGACGAGCUGCUCCAGGAGCAGAAAGCCGACAUGGACCAGUUCCUGUCAUCCAUCUCCGAGUCGCAGUCGGAUGUCACCGUGUCGUCGUCGGAGGAGGAGGAGGAGGAGGAGGAGAGCGUGGAAGUCCCCGCCCCCGAGGGCAAGCCCUACCGGCCCAUCCAGGUCACGUCUCUGGGGUCGCGCUCGGAGCCCGAGGGUGAUAUAUCAGAUUCCCCACGUGCCUUCAAGAAAGGCUCUGCCAUGGCGGGUUUAGACGGUCUGAUGGGCGCCGAGGAGAGGAUCAUCAACAGCAAACCAGUCGGCGAGAACGUGGUGAUUGAUGAGUCUCUGGAUGUUAAAGAAGUGGUUUACAGUGCAGAGAGAGUCAGCGUUUUGCAUGAUGAUGAGCUGGAGUCCUACCGUCCCCUGGGAGACGACUUCACCUUCGGCAGCAGUGCACUGAUUGGCCUGCUGGUGAUCGCCGUAGCCAUAGCAACUGUGAUUGUGAUCAGCCUGGUGCUUUUGAGGAAAAGGCAAUACGGCACCAUCAGUCACGGCAUCGUGGAGGUCGACCCCAUGCUGACGCCAGAGGAACGGCACCUCAACAAGAUGCAGAACCACGGCUACGAAAACCCCACCUACAAAUACCUGGAGCAGAUGCAGAUCUGAGCACAGCCUGCAGGGCGGCGCUGCAGAGCCUGAGGGGGAUGAUACUACUGACCAAUAACACACGAUGCUAUCGUCGAGAUCAUUUGCAUACAUCCAAACUCCAUUUACUGGUUUGUUCAAAACAAUCCUUAAGUAAUGCUACUACUUCUACUACUGCUACUGUUGUACUAUAGAGCUCCUUAUGAUCAUGUUUUAUUUCCCUUUUUUUUUUCUUUCUUCUGAACGGGUGAUGUGUCUGCCAGUUUGCAUAAAGCAAAAAUGUGAUUCAGCAGAUUUUUAUCGAUACAGAUCAAGAUGUAUAACAUUUCGUCUGACAUUAUUUUUUAAAGUGAAAGGCAAAUCAAGCUGAUCUUUUUACGCGUUUGUUUUUUCCGUCAUGCGAGUGUCGUUCAUGCAGUUUAUGAUGGGUUUAUUUUGAAAAAAAAAGUGUUUUAAUUUGUUCUUUUUAAUCUCAAUAGAUUGCUUGUAUAUGAAGGCUGUUUGUACCGACUAAAUGUUUAGUGAAUCGACAAAUGAGGAAAAAAAAAUGAAAUGAUUAAUUAUUUACUUUCUUUUCUUUGUUAUAAUAACAAACAAAAUAUACAUAAACAGUUUAAAUAUAUAUAUACAUAUAUAUAUAUAAAUAUAUAUAAAAGAUUAGAUGUUUUUUUAAUUCCAGCUUUCUUUUUCUUCUCGGAGAAGAGGUUGUGAGUUGGUUUAGGUUUUAUAGCUCGGCGGUCGUGAGGAUUUGCUGGCGCGGGGAGGGUGAAGGCGUGCACAGGCCUCCAGCUCAAACACAUCCAUCAAAAACCAUCCGAGAUCUCGCAAACGGAUGUUUCAUCCCCUCCUCCACACAAAAACCCAAGCUUUUAUCAGUGCAGAAACUGUACAACUAAGCAGAUUGCCAUGUUAUACAUAGUUGAAUGUAUUGUGAAAGUUUCUUUCCUUACUAUGUAUAUGACAAGUUUUCUCUCAGAGUUGUUUUUCUUCUUACGGGAGGUUGUUUAUUACUUCUUUUUUUAUAUAUAUAUAUAUAUAUUAUACACUUAAAUAUCAAAGCAAAAUCGAAAGUACUGGAAAAUGUACUUCAAAAACAACCUUGGGGAUGAUGUACACCCGCGCCCCAUAGCUUGCUUUGCAGAUUUUCAGCAGUCUGACGGACCACAACAGGCCUGACCCAGACGUUUCAAAUCAAUAAAUAACUAAAUAAAUUGGCUGAAUCUACAGUUUAACAGAGAUUGUGUGAAAUGAAUUUUGCACUGCAGGUUUUUGAUGUCUGGGCACCCUGAAAAGCAUCGGGCCAGCCCCUGGCAGGUGUGUAAUUGGAGCUGGAGGGCUGCGCGGGCCGAUAGACGCAGAAAUGUGAGGCUUGAAGAGCUGGUUUCUGAAAUACAAAAAAAGCCGACUUGCGUAUUUUUACAGGUAGAGAAUGAAGCAAAGAAGUAAAUCCUAGAACCCUCGUUUCUCUCUAUCUUACUAUCGUCUUUGUAUGCCUGUAUAGUUGACGUUGCAAUCAUGGCUUCUUCUCUUUUCUUUUCUUCUUCCCCCGCCCCCCCAGAGGAUUACCUGUGGUGUGCAUUGUUAUAUGAAAUUAUAUGAUAUAUAUUUUUAAGUUUUUCUUGUUUUCUAUUUUCUUUCUCUUCCUGUAACAGUAUUUCUGUACGUGACUGUCUCACUAUGCACCCAAACAGCUUCGAUCUUAUAACUGCCUGCUUGAUUGUGGGAAGGGACUGGGGACUAAUACCAGAUGCAUAUUAGUGAUUUAAAAAAAAAAAAAAUUAAGUAAAGAAACAGAUUUAUGGUUACAUGGGGGAUACACAUCAAUAAACUCACAACUUACAAA